CGGGGCGCUCUUUCCAGCGUGGUGCCAGGUGGACUGGAAGGGGCGGAGGUAACCAGAAGCGGCCAGUGGUGGUGGCCCGCGGUCCCCCACCCCCUCCACGCAGCGCUCGCGACACGCGUGCCGGGAGAGGGCGCGAGCGGCGGGUCCAGCUGCAUUCUGAGCUCGGGCACUGUUGCCAUCUGCUCUGCGAAACGCAUAGGAGUCCCCGUCGCGCUCGGUUCGAAGUCGGUCACCAUGGAGGCGCAGGCACAAGGUUUGUUGGAGACUGAACCGCUGCACGGAAGAGAUGAAGAUGCAGUAGCCAGUGCUGACUUCUCCAGCACGCUCUCUGAGGAGGAAAAGGAAGAGUUAAAGGCAGAAUUAGUUCAGCUAGAAGACGAAAUUACAACAUUACGACAAGUUUUAUCAGCAAAAGAAAGGCAUCUGGUUGAGAUCAAGCAAAAACUUGGCAUGAACCUGAUGAAUGAAUUAAAACAGAACUUCAGUAAAAGCUGGCAUGACAUGCAGACUACUACUGCGUACAAAAAAACACAUGAAACCCUGAGUCAUGCAGGGCAGAAGGCAACUGCGGCUUUCAGCAAUGUGGGGACGGCCAUCAGCAAGAAGUUUGGAGACAUGAGGUCUCACUCCAUCGGCUACUCCAUUCGCCAUUCCAUAAGUAUGCCUGCUAUGAGGAAUUCUCCUACUUUCAAAUCAUUUGAGGAGAGGGUUGAGACAACUGUCACAAGCCUUAAGACGAAAGUAGGCGGGACGAACCCCAGCGGAGGCAGUUUUGAGGAGGUCCUGAGCUCCACGGCGCAUGCCAGCGCCCAGAGCGCGGCGGGAGGCCCGCGGCGGGCCGAGGAGGAGGAGCUGCAGUGCUAGGUCCAGCCAGCCUGUCGCAGCGCCCACGAGCCGGCCACUGCCCAGCCCAUCGCCGCCCGUGCAUAUCCAGAUAUGAAGACCAAAAUCCAACUGGGAAAACCGAGGCCUUGACGUUGUUAUUCAAAUGGCCUCUCCAGAAAGUUUAAUGAAAUGAUUUCCAUUUGUAUUUGUGUUGAUGAUGGACCAGUUGACCAUCACACUUCCAUAUUCAUAGAUUGUCAUCUUUUAAAAUGUCCCAACUUGAGCAGGUAUGCAGUUGGUCACAACUCUUGUCUGUGUAUUUCAACGUCUAUUUUCCAGACAUGUAGCUGUUAUUCGCUUUGAUUUUUGCUUGGCCUCCUUUACCAUGUGCAUGUCCCUGAAGACUGAGUCCCUCAGUUCAUUCAGAUCAACAGGAUGGAGCUCUUCAUGACUGUCUCCAGCAAUAAUAGGAUGACUUACUGCAACUGUCAUCAAACUACUUGUGAUCUCCCUCAUCUACAUCAAUAAUGGAUGGUUAUUUAAGCAAUUAAAAUGAUUGAUUUUAA